AAUGAAGAAGAAGAGUCCAUCUUGGUAGAGAGAGAAAGAGAAGAAGCUAGAGAGAGAAAGUAGCAAGAGAGAGAGAGAGAGAGAGUUGAAGGCGAGCAAAGAGGGUCCAAAGGAGAGAGAGAGAAUGCCCACCUGAAGAAGAGAGAAACGCCCCUCUUUUUUUUUACUCUCCUUCUCAUCCAAGCCACCACCCGUGAAAAUCUUGGGAGAUAAAUCCAUCUCCAACCUCCACCACCCCCGAUUCUUCGCGAUUAGUUGUUUCCUUCUUCUUCGCAGGAUUCCCUCCUGCGAAUUCUGCAUCGCCAUCAUCCACUCCUGAAGGUCCAGUGACUUUACCUGCAUUGUGUGAUUGAGGCCUCACUUGUCGUCGCACACCGUCUUGUUUGCGGCAAUGGAGGAUCCACAGGGUGGUCAGGAUUGUUCCAAGUUUGGGGCCUUUGUUGACAAGAAUUCCGGUGCUUCAUCGAGUAGUGCUGCUGACAUUGAGCUUCAGAACAUGUGUGGUACUUCUGUGGCAAGGACUGCUUCUUUGAGCACGGGAAGGGCUUCGCCUUCUCAAUUCGCACCGACUGUUGGAAGAUAUCAUCGUGCUGCCGGCUCCUGCCAAAGUGAUGUUCUACCUGAUGAGCAGUCUCUUGCAUCAGCUUUUGACAUGGUUCUGAGUUUCAGAAAUCACCCUGUUGAUUAUCCUACCAAUCCCUGCAAUGUUGUGCCAAGUAAUGGACUAUAUGUAUCAGGCCCUAUGAGGGCUACUUCAGUUCAGAGCUUUGAUCCACUGCUUGUUCAGGAUGAAUCCAUGCGUCCACAGUUUGGCGCUGGACAUGGCAAGCUAAAGACUGAUGAGUUCACUGUUGACCAACAAGAACAAGCACACAUGCUCUCACAUUACUUUGGGAAUUGGCCACAGAACUAUGGGAUGAAUAAUAUGGGUGGAGUUGCCAGUACUCCAUACAAGCCAUCAGCUUCACUCUACCAGCAACCAUUUUAUAUGGAUGAGCAAUCUCAAAUGUAUGCACCUUAUCAGCAGAUUCCUUCAAACUUCUUGUUGCAGCAUGAUAUGGAUGUACAGAACCACUCUUCUAUGCAACCACACUAUGUUUAUCCACAAAUGCAACAUGCUGCUGGGUCAAAUGUUAGGAGCAAUCAACAGGCUGCAGCUUGCACUUCUGCAAGGGGCAGAUCAACAUAUGGACAUCAACUGUUGCUGGAUGGUGCUGUUUACCAUAAUGGAAAUAACCAGAUGAACAGUUUGUAUAUGGAUGGUUUUCCUGGUAUGUAUACUGACAGUUCAUUUGACUCCAGUGAUUUUCACCGUCUGCUGGAAGCUGAAAAGUUUGCCCAUCCGUAUGAACUAAACUCUUCAUCCAAAGGUUUCUUGCAACCUCAAAUCCCAGAUGAUCUCAGCACGAUGAAGAUGCUGAUGAAUUCUGCUGGGGUAAAUCGAGUAAGAGCUAUCAAGUUCCCUCCUACAGUAAAUGGCUAUAGUGGUGUGGGUCGAAGAACCAAUGGUUAUGGCCAUAACCAUCUGGAUGUUAAAAGUGAUGAAACCUUGCACCUCAACGGGUUGAAUUCCCAGUUUAUGUCCUUAAAAUCUGAGUAUGAUUUGGCGAUGAAAUCAACACAGCUGAAUUAUGGUUCAGUUGAUGAAGUUGCUGGAAGGAUUUAUAUGUUAGCGAAGGAUCAAAACGGCUGCCGCUUUCUGCAAAAAGUAUUCACUGAAGGCACCAAAGAGGACUUUGAAAAAAUCUUAGCUGAAAUUAUUGAUCAUUUUGGAGAACUUAUGAUUGAUCCAUUCGGCAAUUAUUUGGUUCAGAAGUUGCUUGAAGAGUGCAGUGAUGAUCAGAGGACGCGUAUAAUUUGUGAAAUUACCAGAGUGCCUGGAGAGCUUAUUACAGUUGCUUGCAACAUGCAUGGGACUCGCACAGUUCAAAAGGUCAUAGAUACAAUAAAUACUCCGGAACAAAUUUCGAAGGUUGUAUCUGCAUUGAGUCCUGGAGCAAUGCGUUUGAUGACAGAUACUAAUGGAAGUCAUGUUGCACAACGGUGCUUGAAGAAAUUGUUACCUGAGUAUAAAGCGUUCCUUCUUGAUGUUGCCGCAUUGCGUUUUCUUAGAUUAGCAAAAGAUCAACAUGGCUGUUGUAUCAUUCAAAAGUGUAUUGAACAUUCAAAUGAUGAGCAGAAGUACAACUUGUUGUGCAAGAUCACAUCCAGUGCCCUUAGCCUUUCAGAGGAUCAGUAUGGAAACUAUGUCAUUCAGUUUGUUGUCAACCUAGGAAUUGAAUGGGCCACAAGCAAAAUAGUAAAAGAACUAAAGGGUCACUUUGGAUAUCUAUCAAUGCAGAAGUGUGGUAGCCAUGUCGUCGAAAAUUGUCUGAAGCAAGCAUCGGAGCUCGACCGGGAAAUGAUUAUCCAUGAACUUAUGGCUGAUUCCAAGUUACCGCAUAUCAUGGCAGAUCCAUUUGGGAAUUUUGUGAUUCAAACAGCACUUAAAGAGUGCAAGGGUGAACUACAUAGCUCCUUUGUCGAAGCUAUUAGGCCGCAUGCUCCUGCGCUGCAGAACGAUGUGUAUGCGAAAAGGGUUUUAUCGAAGACAUAUCUGAAGAACAAGCAAUACCGACUUGGCAUUUUUUAGCCUGUCAUUUGGGUGAUUGCAGGAAGGAAGGUGCAAGUUCAGGCAGCAUGUAUCAGAACAGGACUUUUAGUGUACAAUGGUGUGAUAAAGAAAAACAGUUCUUAGAGAAAAUGAUCUUUUUGUCUCAAGGUAGUCUUGGCGAAGGAAAGCUUUUGGUUGGACCAUUUCAGUAUAUUUACGUUUGUAGAAUUAAUAUAGCCAAAAUAACUGUCAGUUGUGUUGUUGGAUCGGUCAUUAAUCAUGUAGUACGUCCUGUAUCUGCAAAAACUGUAGUUUAUCAGUAACAUCUUGUAAUCACUAGUCUGAUCAGAUGAGCUGUAUCAUCUGCAAGGGUUUAUAUUCCGGUUGUGUCCUUAGUAAAAUUUUAGGGUUUUUACUGAACAAGCUCUCUGAUUAUCGUUUGGGAGCCAAUGCCAGGAGAGAAUCCAUCUGAAAUCGACUUCGUAUCGAUUUCAUUAUCAAGGCCUGGUAUUUGCUCGUAUCGAUUUCAUUAUCAAGGCCUGGUAUUGCUGGGAAAUAUAUUGGUUGGUAGAGUAGACCUUCAAAGGGAAAAUACAUUGGUCAGUUACCCUGGAUCGUGUUGAUUCAGCUUAGGAGUUAUCUGUAGGAACCAUUUGUGUGUAAUGGACUCCCUCUGUUUCACUAUAUUAUAAGUCACUUCAGGUUUGUCCAAA